AUUCUCACCAAUAUUAUUUCCCCUAUAAAAAUAAACCCCUCAAACAAUGAACCCUCAUUCAUAAUAUUCUCACACACCACCAGCCGCCCAACUCUCUCAACCACAUUCAUCAUAAUGGAUCAGCUGAACAUUGAUCUGAGCCAGCAACUGGUGGGCACAAAGAGGCCGAAGACGAAGAUCGUGUGCACUUUGGGACCGGCUUCUCGGUCGGUUCCGAUGGUGGAGAAGCUGUUGAAAGCGGGUAUGAAUGUUGCUCGGUUCAACUUCUCUCAUGGGUCGUUCGAGUAUCAUCAGGAGACGCUUGAUAAUCUCCGGACUGCUAUGGUUAAUACUGGGAUUAUGUGUGCUGUUAUGCUUGACACCAAAGGUCCAGAGAUUCGAACCGGGUUUCUGAAAGACGGCAAGCCGGUCCAACUAAAACAAGGCGAAGAAAUCACCAUCUCAACCGAUUACACAAUCAAAGGUGACGACAAGAUGAUCUGUAUGAGCUACAAGAAAUUAGCCCAUGACGUAAAACCAAACAGUGUCAUCCUCUGUUCAGACGGGACCAUCUCUUUUACUGUCCUGUCUUGUGACACUAAAAACGGCCUGGUUCGUUGUCGCUGUGAGAACACUGCGGUUCUUGGUGAACGGAAAAACGUUAAUCUUCCGGGAGUGAUUGUCGAUCUCCCGACAUUGACUGAGAAAGACAAAGAAGAUAUCAUGAAAUGGGGUGUUCCUAAUAAGAUUGAUAUGAUUGCUUUGUCUUUUGUUAGAAAAGGUUCGGAUCUUGUUGAGGUUCGCAAGUUGUUGGGGGAACAUGCCAAGAACAUCCUUCUCAUGUCUAAGGUUGAGAAUCAAGAAGGGGUUGCGAAUUUCGAUGAAAUCCUGGCGAAUUCCGACGCGUUUAUGGUGGCGCGAGGCGACCUCGGGAUGGAAAUCCCGAUCGAGAAAAUAUUUCUAGCUCAAAAAGUAAUGAUAUAUAAGUGCAACAUACAAGGAAAGCCGGUCGUAACCGCCACUCAAAUGCUAGAGUCCAUGAUCAAGUCUCCAAGACCAACUCGAGCGGAAGCCACAGACGUUGCCAACGCGGUUCUCGAUGGCACCGACUGUGUCAUGCUCAGUGGAGAAACCGCAGCCGGGGCAUACCCAGAGCUCGCGGUCCAAACCAUGGCUAAGAUAUGCAUAGAAGCCGAAAACACAAUAGAUUAUAAAGCUGUGUUCAAGAGGAUCAUAACAAAUGUGCCGGUGCCGAUGAGUCCCUUGGAAAGCUUAGCCUCAUCUGCGGUUCGCACCGCGAUCUCAUCAAAAGCGAGUCUGAUACUGGUCCUGACCCGAGGUGGAAGCACUGCAAAACUAGUGGCUAAGUACCGGCCCGGGAUGCCGAUACUGUCUGUUGUGAUUCCGGAAAUCAAGACGGAUACAUUUGAUUGGUCGUGCAGUGACGAGUCACCGGCUCGGCAUAGUCUGAUAUAUAGGGGGUUGGUCCCGGUUUUGAUUGCGGGGUCGGCUAGAGCGUCUCAUGAUGAGUCUACUGAAGAAGCGAUUGAGUUUGCGCUGGAGCAUGCUAAAGAGAAAGGACUGUGCAAGAAUGGUGAUGCUGUUGUAGCUCUGCAUCGUGUGGGAACUGCAUCUAUAGUGAAGAUUGUGACAGUUAAGUAAGAGAUACUUAUUAUUUUUUUCUAGAUUUUUGGCACUGCUGAAGGCAAUGUUGGUUGAGUUUUGAACACUGGAAUUCAAAUAUAUUACCUACUUAUAAUAUAAUGAAGAGAUAUAUUGAAUUUUAUUCAA